AUGGCGGACCCCACCGAUCUGAAUCUCGAUGCGCCCAGCGAUCUUCAAGACAUCCCGGAGAUGGCCAUGCAGCUUCUACCUCCGCCGGAAGGGACAUUUCCAGACAAAGCAUCGCUUCUUGCGUCUGUGCAAGCGCAUGCAAAAGCCCAUGGAUAUAACGUGGUAGUCAAAUCGUCCAGUACGCCCACUGAAAAGAAGCCAGGGCGGACGGCCAAGGUCUGGUUGCGUUGUGACCGAGGUGGUCACUAUCGGCCGCGCAAUGGCCUUACUGAAGAGACGAGGAAGCGGCGGCGCACGUCCCGUCUGAUGGACUGCCCGUUCAUGCUAGUCGCAGCUGGAACUCCUGGCAUUUGGACGCUGACAGUCUUGAACCACACACACAACCAUGGUCCAAUUGUCGAGAAGCCACGGCAGGUUCCUCAUCACAAAGUCCGAAAAGGUCAGAUCGCUGCCGUUCCAUACGACUGGCCGCAUGAUGCGACGCUCACGCCGUAUACAACCGCUUUGGUCAUUAUUGAUAUGCAAAGAGACUUUUGUGCACCAGGUGGAUAUAUGGAGGCCCAAGGCUACGACAUAUCAUCUGCACGGGACUUGAUACCGAAGCUUCAACAGCUGCUAAAUACAUUCAGGUCUGCCGGGUUUCCAGUGUACCAUACCCGCGAAGGCCACCGACCCGAUCUGUCCACCCUCUCAAGUCGAGAAGCAUAUCGGUCACAGAAUAAUCCAUCCGGACUAGGAAUAGGCUCUCCUGGACCAAUGGGCCGACUCCUAAUUCGCGGUGAACUGGGACAUGAUACUGUUGACGAGCUGUAUCCUCUCCCCGGCGAACCGGUAAUCGAUAAACCUGGUCGGGGGGCAUUCGCGCACACGGACUUCGAGCUCCUGCUCCGAAACAAAGGUGUCAAGAACCUUGUCAUCGCAGGCGUGACGACAGACGUGUGCGUGUCCACGACAAUGCGCGAAGCUAAUGAUCGGGGUUUCGACUGUGUUGUUUUGGAAGACGGCACUGCAGCCAGCGAGCCAGCUCUCCACGUGAGCACGAUCGAAUCCGUGAAGAUGGAGGGCGGAAUCUUUGGCGCAGUUGCUAAGCUGGAGGACGUGGUGCACGCGGUGGAAAACUUCAAGGCCGUCACUGUGAAGAAGCUGGCCCCUCAAAUGACGUCUUGA